AUGUACCUGAUACUGGUAAUAGCAGUAUUUAUAACUGGAAUGCUGGGGAAUAUGUUCAUUGGACUGGUAAAUUGCUCUGACUGGGUGAAGAACCAGAAAAUCACCUUCAUCAACUUCAUCCUGCUCUGUCUGGCAGCUUCCAGAAUCAGCUCUCUGUUGGUGGUAUUUAUUGAUGUAACCAUACUAGAACUAGCUCCUCAUUUGUAUUAUUCUUACAGUCUAGCAAAGUGCUCUGACAUAUUCUGGAUUAUAACUGAUCAACUGUCAACAUGGCUUGCCACCUGCCUCAGCAUUUUCUACUUAUUCAAAAUAGCCCUCUUCUCCCAUCCUCUUUUCCUCUGGUUGAAGUGGAGAUUGAGAGGAGUGCUUGUGGUUUUUCUUGUUUUUUCUUUGUUCUUAUUGAUCUUUUAUUUUCUACUGGUUGAAAUGUUUCCUAUUUGGAGAGAUAUUUAUGUGAUACCUAAAAGCAAUCUGACUUUCUUUUCAGACAAAACUGAGACCAUUGGUUUUCAAAAGAUAAUUGUUUUUGAUAUGAUGUAUUUAGUCCCAUUUCUUGUAUCUCUAGCAUCAUUGCUUCUAUUGUUUUUUUCCUUGGUGAAUCGCUCCCGAAAACUUGUUUCGAUUUCUACCACUUCUGAAGAUUCCAGAACCAAGAUCCAUAAGAAGGCCUUGAAAAUGCUGGUGUCUUUCCUCGUUCCCUUUAUAAUUCACAUUUUUUGCAUGCAGGUGGUACGGUGGUUAUCAGUUUUGUUUCCAUUGAACAGGCCAGUUAGUUUUGUCUGGUUAACAUUAAACGUCUUUCCAUUAACUCACUCAAUUAUUCUCAUUCUGGGAAAUAGCAAGCUUCGACAGAGAGCAAUUCAUGUCCUGCAACAUCUUAAAAGACGGUUUCAAGAGCUGAUCCUCUUCCUCCAGAGUCUCCAGUCUAUACUAGGGGACAGAUUAACAGGGAUACUUGGAUGGUCACGGUAA